ACAUACAACUUUGAAGCAAUGGAUACAGAAAACCACUCAAUGGUGACUGAGUUUAUCUUCAUGGGCAUCACCCAGGACCCUCAGAUGCAGAUCAUCUUCUUCGUGGUUUUCCUCAUAGUUUACCUGGUUAAUGUAGUGGGGAACGUUGGUAUGAUUAUCCUGAUUAUAACAGACACUCAGCUUCACACACCCAUGUAUUUUUUCCUCUGCAACCUCUCCUUUGUUGACCUGGGCUACUCCUCAGCCAUUGCUCCCAGGAUGCUGGCUGACUUCCUAACAAAGCACAAAGUUAUCUCCUUCUCCAGCUGUGCCACCCAGUUUGCUUUCUUUGUAGGUUUUGUGGAUGCUGAGUGCUAUGUCCUGGCAGCCAUGGCCUAUGAUCGUUUUGUGGCUAUCUGUCAACCCCUCCACUAUAGCACCCUCAUGUCCAAGCGGGUCUGCUUGGCUCUCAUGCUGGGCUGUUACCUGGCUGGUCUAGUAAGUUUAGUAGCCCACACUUCCCUCACCUUCAGCCUGAGUUACUGUGGUUCCAAUAUCAUCAACCAUUUCUUCUGCGAAAUCCCACCACUCUUGGCCCUCUCUUGUUCAGACACCUACAUCAGUGAGAUCUUGCUCUUCAGUCUGUGUGGCUUCAUUGAAUUCAGCACCAUCCUCAUCAUCUUCAUCUCCUAUACCUUUAUCCUCGUUGCAAUCAUC